AUAAAAACAAAAAUAUAUAAAUGAAAAAGUGGUUGACAGAUUAGACGAGUAAAUUGCCAUUCUCAGACUCAUUGUGCUAAAUUGCCAAUUGUGGAACUGAAACGAAAGCGAUGAUGAACGUUCUACGAGAUAUUGGAAGAGGAAGAGGAAUUGGAAUUGGCAGAAAUGGAAGAGAAAUUGGAAGAGGAAUUGCAAGAGGAAUUGCUUCGUGUUCAUCAUCAUCAUCAUCACCAUCACUGUUAUCAUCACUGUCACCGUCACCACCAGGUCCACCACCACCUAUCAAUGAAAAUGAAAAUGAAAAUCAAGGAGGAGACGUAAAAUCAAUGAAUCUGUUCUCAGCCAUCAAUCAGGCUCUUCAUAUCGCCUUGGAUUCCGAUCCUCGUGCUUAUGUUUUCGGAGAAGAUGUCAGUUUUGGCGGGGUUUUCCGUUGCACUAUUGGAUUGACUCAACGAUUUGGUAGAAACAGGGUUUUCAAUACCCCUCUCUGUGAACAGGGCAUUGUUGGAUUUGGCAUUGGUCUCGCGGCUAUGGGUAAUCGAGCUAUUGCGGAAAUUCAGUUUGCCGAUUAUAUUUAUCCCGCUUUUGAUCAGAUUGUCAAUGAAGCUGCUAAGUUCAGAUAUCGAAGUGGGAAUCAAUUUAAUUGUGGAGGCUUAACAAUAAGGGCUCCAUAUGGGGCUGUUGGCCAUGGUGGGCAUUAUCAUUCACAAUCUCCUGAAGCUUUCUUUUGCCAUGUUCCUGGUAUCAAAGUGGUUGUGCCUAGAAGCCCACAACAAGCAAAAGGGUUGCUCUUGUCAAGCGUACGCGAUCCAAACCCCGUUGUCUUCUUUGAACCUAAGUCUCUUUACCGUGUUGCUGUGGAGAAGGUUCCUGCGAGUGAUUACAUGUUGCCUUUGUCACGUGCAGAGGUUAUGAGAGAAGGGAGUGACAUUACACUUGUUGGUUGGGGAGCUCAACUGUCUGUCAUGGAGGAAGCCUGUAUUGAGGCUGAAAAGGAUGGAAUUUCAUGUGAGCUUAUAGACUUGAGAACUCUCAUACCUUGGGACAAAGACACUGUUGAAGCUUCUGUCAGAAAGACUGGAAGGUUACUUAUUAGUCAUGAAGCUCCAGUAACAGGAGGUUUUGGUGCUGAAAUUGCUGCAUCUGUUGUCGAACGUUGCUUCUUAAGGUUAGAAGCUCCUAUUGCUCGGAUUUGCGGCUUUGACACACCAUUUCCACUUGUAUUUGAACCAUUCUAUCUGCCUACCAAGAACAAGAUAUUGGAUGCAAUCAAAUCCACAGUGAAUUACUAGGUUUAAGUUUAUACUGGAAUGUGAUCGUGAAGGGUUUGUCCAACUGUGUUGUACUGUUGUAUCAUGUAUGUAACUAAUUAAGUCUUAGGCGAAGUUUAAGUUUCUUAAUUAGAAGAUCUUUAAAUAUGAUCAAAAUGGAUUAACAACUUCUAAUAUUAUGUGGUUAAGUUGUUAAUUGGUUGUGUAGAAGAUUUGGACAACAAAUGCCAAAUGCCAAAUGCCAAAUGCCAUGUUAUGUACUUCAUCA